AUGAAGUUUACCGCUAUCCUCUGCACUCUUAUGGCUGCCGCAGCCGUGAACGCCUCAGCAGUCCCUUUCCUGGAGACAAGAGCGGCACUUGACACAUGCGGUGCCGGCUAUGGCGGUGACCAGCGGCGCACAAACAGCCCUUGCGAGUCUUCGAACGGGGAUAGGCACUUCUGCGGUUGCGAUAGAACAGACGUGGUCCAGUGCGAGAACGGGGUCUGGACGGAGAUUCAAGACUGUGGAAGUGGCACCUGCCACGGUACCAACGAUGGGGCAGCCGUUUGCUAG